AACUUUUAGGAAAUUUCCAACAGUUUUAAACCUUGCGUGGCAAGCGGCAAUAUAAGAUGUCGACGUACCAGGAAUACAUCAUGCAGAAUGAGGACAGGGACGGCAUUCGAUGGAGUUGGAAUGUGUGGCCGUCGUCGCGGCUCGAAGCCACUCGAAUGGUGGUGCCGCUAUCUUGUUUAUUCACACCACUAAAGGAGCGUGUAGAUUUACCUCCAAUACAAUAUGAACCUAUCUUGUGCACCAGACACACUUGCAGAGCUGUGUUAAACCCCCUCUGCCAAGUUGAUUACAGAAGCAAGAUUUGGUCGUGCAACUUCUGUUACCAACGUAACCCAUUUCCAGCAAGUUACGGAGCGAUAUCAGAGACUCAUCAACCUGCGGAACUCAUCCCACAGUUUACAACCAUCGAGUACCAAGUGCCCGGCUCUGCUCCCAUUGGACCUUUGUUCUUAUUCGUGAUUGACACCUGUAUGGACGAGGAAGAUCUGCAGGCAAUGAAGGAAUCUCUUCAAAUGUCGCUUAGUUUGUUGCCCAACAAUGCCGUUAUCGGUCUCAUUACGUAUGGUAGGAUGGUACAAGUGCAUGAACUCGGUACUGAAGGAAUAUCGAAAAGUUAUGUUUUCCGAGGAACCAAAGACCUCGCUGCUAAGCAGAUUCAAGAAAUGCUUGGUUUGAACAAAGUGGCCUCGGGUAACCCCCAACAAGGUCAACAACCUCAAGCAAGACCAGCUAACAGGUUCCUUCAGCCAUUACAUAAAUGCGACAUGUUUGUCACUGAUUUACUUGGCGAGUUACAACGGGAUCCAUGGCCUGUUAGUCAAGGCAAACGUCCCGUGAGAUCUGUUGGAGCUGCUCUGUCCAUUGCUGUUGGUUUGCUAGAGUGUGCCUUCCCUAACGUAGCAUCGCGUAUCAUGUUGUUCAUGGGAGGACCUUGCACCCAAGGCCCCGGUAUGAUCAUCGAUGAAAGCUUGGAAAACACAAUCAGGUCAUGGUACGAUAUUGAGAAGGAUAACAAUAAAUACACCAAGAAGGCAGUCAAGCAUUAUGAAUCUCUUUCUGUGAGAGCUGCCAAUAAUGGUCACGUGAUUGACAUCUAUGCGUGCGCGCUUGAUCAAACUGGUCUCCAUGAAAUGAAAUGUUGCACCAACAUUACAGGUGGUAUCAUGGUCAUGGGAGAUUCAUUUAACACCUCACUGUUCAAACAAACUUUCCAAAAGGUUUUCUCCAAAGACAGCAAGGGUGAAUUUAACAUGGCAUUCAAUGCCGUCAUGGAGAUCAAGACCUCCCGAGAAAUCAAAGUGAACGGGGUUAUCGGACCUUGUGUGUCGCUUAACGUGAAGAGUCCGUGUGUAUCGGAGACCGAGAUCGGCAUCGGGGGAACUUCUCAGUGGAAAGCGAGCGGUAUCGACCCCGCCACCACUUUGUCGGUGUUCUUCGAAGUUGUUAACCAGCACAACACCCCCAUACCACAAGGGGGACGGGGUAACGUUCAAUUCAUCACCCACUACGUUCAUUCAAGCGGACAACGACGUAUUCGGGUCACAACAAUUGCCCGGAAUUGGGCGGACUCAGCCACCGGCCAGGCACACGUAGCUGCAGGUUUUGACCAAGAAGCUGCUGCUGUUUUGAUGUCACGUCUCGCAAUCAACCGAUCCGUGAGCGACGAUGGGACAGAUGUCCUUCGUUGGCUGGAUAGGAUGCUUAUCAGGCUUUGCCAAAAGUUCGGGGAGUUUCAGAAAGAUUCUCCUGAAAGUUUCAGAUUUGCUGAGAAUUUCUCACUUUAUCCACAGUUCAUGUUCCACCUUCGAAGAUCCAGUUUCCUCCAAGUAUUCGGACACAGCCCAGAUGAGAUCGCUUAUUAUCGAUACCAGUUUAAUAGGCAGGAUCUCACUAACUCACUCAUCAUGAUGCAGCCAGUGUUGUAUUCAUAUUCAUUCAAUGGUCCUCCUGAGCCAGUCUUAUUGGACAGUACAAGCAUACAAGCGGACAAGAUCCUUCUGUUAGACACUUUCUUCCAAGUUCUCAUCUACCAUGGAGAGACAAUAGAUCAAUGGAAGAAGGCUGGGUACCAAGAGAAACCCGAAUAUGAAAACUUCCGUCAACUAAUGCAAGCACCCGUGGAUGACGCACAAGAUAUACUCGCUACCAGGUUUCCAAUACCAAGAUACAUUGAGACCCAGCAUGGCGGGAGUCAGGCCCGCUUCCUUCUCCACAAAGUCAACCCCUCACAAACCCACAACACGAUGUGGGGAGGUGGUCAACAAGAUGGAUCCGCCCCUGUACUGACAGACGACGUCAGCUUACAAGUGUUCAUGGACCACCUUAAAAAGUUGGCUGUAUCUAGCUCCACGUAAGAAUUGCCCCUGUUACGUCACAGUGCAAUACCAUUACCGCUUAUGAUAACAUUUUAAUCGAAAGUAGAAUAAACGAAGUGCUCAAGUUUUAUAGCUUUGUACAAAUACAAGAUGUAUGAGAAUA